CGGCUUCUACGUGGACAGUACGAAAAUCGGUGCGACACGGAUAAUAACUGCUGUCGCUGAUACGCUCGAUCGUUGUAGUCAUUGUUCUGCCCUAGUUUAAUUUAAUCUUGUUUAAUAUUAAUCAAGUGAUUAAAAAAAAACGCAGUGCUGAUAAUUAAAGGAGCUCAUUGUUGGAAUUAAAGAAAAACCAUGAAGCGACGCGGUGGGCAAGCCUGGCUGCUGCCGUUGUCAGUGGUGCUGUUGGCAGGGCUUAUUAACGCUUCAACGACAUCAAGUCCCACAACAACGGAAGUGAAGACCACCCCAACGGCAGUUGAAACCACCGAGAAACCCGAUAUCGUGGUGUCUCCACAACCGAUGGCCAAUCACUCGGAAGUGACUGUCAAAUCCGUAUCAUCAGACAAACUGUCAAUAGACCCGAAUCACGAUAAGUUGGCUGCUCUCACCAAACCUGUCAUCGAUCCAAAGGAGAUGUUGAUUCAGGAGAUCAAGACGUUGACGGAGGCAGCAGAUAGCGAUAAACUACAGGGUGAGCUGGCCAAGGCCUUGAACGCAGCUGCUCAGAAAGGCCGGACAGAGCAUCGUCCCAGCACUCCAACUCUACCAACUCCAAAGCCAACGAGUAUGGCCGAGGGGAAGGCGAUGCAGGAACUCGUCGAGGCCGAAACCGAUGUUGCUUACGACGACGAUGAGGGAGAUCUGGAUGAUGAUGAUGACGAUGAUGACGAUGAUGACUACGAUGACGAUGAUAUCGAGGAUGAAGAGGAAAUUAUGACGCAGUGCCCUGAUUACUGUCGAUGUGUUGGACAAUACGCCGCUGCUACCACUGCUAGAUGUAGCAAACUAGCAGACAAGCAGGUGUUUGGCACUGGUAUCGCCCACUUACGAAUAGAAAACGCAGGUGAGAUCCAACUAGGCCCCCACGCCCUUCGAGUCCGAGGUCUCCAGCAGCUCGAAUCCAUAACAAUCGUGGACACUCGUAUAUCUCACAUCGAUAGAACCGCCUUCGAUGGAAUUCCAUUUCUCUUCGCUGUAAACCUGAGUCGCAAUGGCAUCAUUGACAUUCACCCGGAUACAUUUCAAAACAACAGCCAGCUCUCCCUCCUCACUAUUUCAGGGCAUCCCUUCUGGAGAAAUUGGACAGUAACCAAGGAUUACUUCCUCGACGCCCAUAGUGUCACAGAGCUGGACUUCUCCUGGAAUUCAAUGCCAGAACUGCCUCCAUCGGCCUUCCAAAAAAUGCCAAAUUUGGUCUACCUGAACCUCAAGCAAAAUCGUCUGGGUAAGGUUGAUAAAGCAAUCUUCGAUCCCAUGGACUCCCUCUUGGAGCUGGACCUGUCUGGAAACAUGUUGGAUGACCUACCCAAGGACAUCUUCGAGAACAAGGGUCUGCAGACUCUCAGAAUAUCAGAGAAUGCUUUCACAACAUUGUCCAAACUCAAUGCAUCAAAACUAACCUCCCUUCACGCCUCUGGCAACAAAAUUCAGACGAUUGGUAAGGAUGAUCUUGCUGGGCUUCCAUCCCUGGAUAACUUGGUGGUAUCAUUCAACUCCAUGAAGAGAAUUCAUCCUCAUGCGUUCUCACAUCUGGAUCAACUCAAUUAUUUAGACAUUAGUGAAAAUAAACUGACUUCCCUCAAUGAGCAUCAUUUGAAAAACAAUCCCAGACUGCAGACUCUGCUCAUGAGUGACAAUCCAGGUCUCAGGACACUCCCAGUCUUCAACGUGAAUGGUUUGGAAUACAAUACGUACAGUGUUUACAGACUGGAGGCGGCCAAUUGUGGACUUGAGUACCUGAAACCUGGAACGUUUGAUGCUAUGCCAGCUCUAACGAGGCUGAAUCUUGCUAGGAAUAAGCUCAUUGGGCUACCAAAAGGUCUUCUGGCAGAUCUCAGUUCACUGAGGGAUCUCGAUUUGUCUGACAAUCUUAUCAGCGUUGUACCAGCUAGUAUGCUCCGUGGAGCCACCACCUUGGGAAAACUCAAUUUGGCAGGAAAUCCUCUGGUAACUCUUCAGGUGACACCGUUUUUGCAGGCACCAGGACUCUCCAGGUUAGAUGUUAGCAAGUGCCAGCUGCGGAGGAUAUGGAGCGAGGCCAGACAACCACUCAAGUCUAUCAGAUUCCUAUCAGUUCGAGGCAAUCAACUGGAGAGAAUAACGGUAGAGGAGUUGAAGGCAAUGCCAAACCUAUCUGGCCUUGAUGCCUCCAUGAAUCCACUGGUCUGUGACAAUGAAUUCAAUGAUGCUAUUCUGUGGUUGAUCAACCACGGUGUGACACCAAUGGAGACCCUCAAAUACAUCAGCAACAUAAAGAAUGAUGAGGAGUAUGCAGAGACUGAGGGCGUUACCGAAUGGAAUGACUUAGCUAAGACUGUAUGCGAUGAUGGUUUCGAUGGUCCACCCUCGAGAUUACCAAAAAUAUCACCUGUACUUACGCCCAUUGACAAUCUGCUACCCGAUGAUACUGAUGAUGAGAAGAAUUCUGAGUUGUCUAAGGGGGAUUUGGAAGCUGAUAUUGCCAAACUCAAUGCACUUGAUCAUGGCCAGCAAAUUAAUGGGCUCGUCAAUGAGGCCUUUGAGGAUCUCGACAAUUCUGAGGAGUACGGUGAAUGGUACGUGUCUGCUGAAAAUCAUGCCUGGUACGACGGUGUCUUCUGGCCAGUAUUGAUCUUCGGUUUCAUCACCCUGGCAAUUCUUCUCAUCGUCAUUCAAUUCGCACGAUUCGUAGCAAGAGGACGUGGUCGUGGUCCAGUCAUCAGACCACCUCUCCUUCUUCGUCAAGGUCUCGUUGAUAAUAAAAAUUGUGGUCUCGUGUACAAACCCCUUCAGGAGGAAAUUCCAACUCCUCACAUGCCAAAACGUGGCAGUUUUUAUUCCAGCAGUACCUUUCAUUACGAUAAAAUCGUACCAGAAAGCGUUUAACAUCUUCAACUGAGAUAAUUAAUCAAGAAAUUCGAUUUAUACUUAAUUUUAACUUUUAUUAUCAGAGAAUUUAAUUUUAGUUCUUAACUCAUUAUGAGAAUGUUAAUGUCAUGUUCAACUGUUUUGUUUAGCCGAUUGAACAAAAUGGUGAUAAGAACUAAUUAAUUAACUGGAUGAGUCAUUUGCUGUGACAUCAGGAACAUUUUUGUUGAGUGAUAUGGAGGGACAUUGUUUGGUAUAUAUUUUUUGGAUUUGAGGACGUGAGGGGACUGCCCGAGAUGAUUUUUCAAAUUUUCGAAAUCUAGUUUUUUACGUGAGAGCAUUUUUUAAGCGUUUCUUCAGAAUAAUUUUACUACAAAAUGGGACACGAAAAAUUUGUGACAAUUAUUUUAUUUUUCACGGGGAAUAAAAUUUAAUUUCAUGUAUUUUGGGUCUUUAAUUGAAAUUUCGUUUGUGCAAGUCAACAAUUUUCAUUCAACAAAUCAAUUACAGGAACAACUAUGUGAACCUGCCUUACUUAAAAAAACGGUAAUUUUACUUUUACGGUACAGUAAUUUUUGUACUAAACAAGUAUUUGAUGAUACGAUCAACGUUAAAGCGUUUACUUUUAAUAAAAACGUAGGAAUAGUCUAAAAUACUUAAGCUUAAUACGUCAUAUCAGAUUUACGUUAUCUGCUUCACAUUAUCCGCUGUAAAUAAUUAUGAAUAAUAACUUUAAUGGAAAUUAUAUAUUUUAAGAUAUGA